CGGCAGUAUCGUUUUGGUCACGAUGUUGGCAACACGCACGCUUGUGGUCCUCCUGUUUGUAGGUGUUGCGUUUGCGACGCCCGCGCACGUGCGCAGCCGGAGACAGUUGGCCGAUGAUGACUCGCUUCAGCCGAUAGAGGACGCUGACGGCGACGAGCAGACCAGGGAGAAGAGGAAAUUCGAGGGCGUCACCCAGGCCAAGUUGGGCAUCAAGAACGCUGUUCUCGGCUUUGUGUUUGGUAAAAUCAAUUCAUUGAUCGACGCAAAGACGAGACUGGUGGACACCUUGGACAAGCAAAACAUCGCGAUCAACAAGCAAUACGGAAUUGAGCCUCCCCAAAACGGUUUAUCAUCCUUAGGAGGCAUCGUGGGUCAAGUUCUCCAGCCCAAGUUACAGUUCAUAGGGCCAAAGAUCCAAGCUGUGACGUCACUAUUCGGAGGGUCGUCUGGAAACGGUGGUUCUUCUGGCGGACAAGGUGGGGGCGGUCUGGGUUCAAUCCUAUCGCUGGUGACGUCACUCUCAGGUUCCUCUUCAAGCAACGCUGGUGCCGGAGCUACGGUCGAGACUAUUGACUCCUCAGAGGAAGACGACUCGUCGAUUGGCACUACAUACCGCCGCCAAGCACGGGCCACAAACGAGUCCCCGACGAAGGUCACCUUGAUUGGUCGGACGGACCUGGAGCGCCCGACCAGACAGUCGGACGACAUCCCGGUGUUCGACAGGAACAAGGUCAGCCUGGACUUCCCGGGCAGUUUGUUUGGGCCGUCCGUGUCCCUUCUCAUCAGAACUACUAAGAUCAUUGGCGAUGUUAUACAGAACUCAGCCGUACGCUACCAGUCCUUCUUGAGGCUGUUCCGGCCCCUCUUCAGAGGACCCUUCGAGAUCAAGGGUCUGGACCCUCCUACAACCACUACCACCACCACUACUACCACUACCAAGGCACCGAUAACAUCAGACAAUGAAAUCCGACGGCGAUGAAAGGUGUAGAAGAGUAGUUACAGAUUUCAAGACUUUUUCAUAGACAUUUUUUAAAAUUUAAAUAAAUGCAGACAAAUCAGUAAAAAUAUAUAUAAUAUGAAUCUUAAUAUUAACAACAAGUCCCUAACAAUACAAUGUUAGCAUAGACGUAGAUUGAAAAGAUAAAGCCAGUUCACGACAUCUCUAAGAAAACCAAUAUUUAAUAUUAUUUUACUUACUGUGAAAGCAGCAAAGCGGUUUUUAAAGUACGCAGCUGAAUAUGGCGUAACAAAGUAUAAAAUAAUAAUAUCUAUACUUACUUUCAGUAGUCAUGAAGAAUUUUUAGCUUCAUUGAAUUGGGUUUAUUUCAUUCCAAGCAUCUUUUUGAAAUGUGAUUUUACACGAGACAAAGAAUAAUCGUAUUUUAUAACAUUAAUCUAAAUUAUACUUUUUACUUAAUAAGAUUUCUAUAAUUUUUGUUUGUCUGUUAUUUCAACGCCUGAAGUUUUUAUUAGAGCAAUGAUACUAAUGUGUCGAAAUAAUAUAGGUAGUUCAUAGGAAAAUCACUUACAUUAUAU